UGAACGUAUACGCGUUACCAUUACGAGCUACGUUAGCAGUCGUCGUCGUGUAGCCGGUCUGUGGGCAUCACGGUAACACGUUAACAGCUUGUCACACUACUUGGACACGGAAGAGAUCAGAACGCCGGACCGGAGGAAUAUUACAGUCGUACUCCAAUUGCCUAAUGGUAUACAACUACACAAUACCCAGGGCUCCUGUGGCUGCUAUGUACAGUGGUCCAGGACCCUGUUACCAAGUUCCUGGUUUGGUUGGUUACAGUAAUCAUGACGGACGUUCCACUCAUGUUCGUGCACCGCAAUACAGCUUUGGGGUCAGGCAUGGAUGUUUUACAGAGGCAUGCGGACCUGGCCCGUGUUAUUAUCCGGAUUCAAAAAUAUUGCAUACUGGAAAGUAUAACCCUCCACAUUUCUCGCUUGCGAGCAGGCAUAGAGAAGCUGAGAAAGCCUUUUCACCUGGACCGGGAGCUUAUAAACCAGAGCUUGGAGACCAGACCGUUUAUCAACGACAUCCGGCGUAUUCACUUGGCUUACGACACCGACAGGAUCGUGCGGAUGAUUAUCCUGGACCUAACCAGUACAAGGUUGAUCCUAUGCUCGGGAAAACAGUUCGCAGCCAGAAACCUUCAGCUCCAGGUUAUUCCAUAGCGAGUAGACCGACAGAGCAUCGGAUCCAUGAGACUCCAGGCGCUGGAGCCUACAAAAUUCCUAAACUGAAUGUCUAUAAAGAAGCCUCUCCAAACUACUCUAUUGUGGCUAGAAACCAGGCUCCACAAGACAGCACACAGAAGCCUGGUCCUGGAGCAUAUUCGACGGAGAACGUAAGAUUCCUGUAG